AUGUUUUUUUUAUUUAUUUAUUGCGUGGUUGCACAUUAAUUUAAAAGUGACUCUAGAAUUCUAUAAUUGAAUGGUGAACAAUUAGAGUCUGAAAUAUAGAAAUAAGAGCCAUUCUUAAUGAUGCUUUAUGCACCAUGGUGUGGACACUGUAAAAGUUUGAUACCAGUUUUGGAUUAAUUGGCAGAUGAAGUGUAGCACAAAUUCGUAGCGAUUGAUUGGUAUUGUAAUCGAAUAAAUUUAGUGUUGCAAAUCCUGAUGCAAAAAAAAGAUUUGGAGUGAGAGGAUAUCCCACUUUAUUUUAUGUUAAGGAUAAUAAGACUCAUAGAUUUUAAGGCUAAAGAACACCUGAAUUAAUAAUCAAUUUUAUAUAAGGAGAUUAUGCCUAAGCAAAAGAGAUAAAUGAGAUUCCUAAAUUUGAACCUUACGAUGAAAAUUUUAUCGAUAAAUAUUUUGGUAACCUUUGGGUUUUUGUAAAAAUAUAUUAAUAUAUUAAUUAGAUAGCAGUGAUUGUGUUAUCAUGUUUAACAUUGUUUGUAACAAUUUUAUGUAUAAAUGAUUGCAGGGAAAAUAGAAAGUUGGAUAAGAUAGAGAAGGAAUUAUAAGAUAAAAAGAAAGAGAAUUGAAGGAUAAUAUUAGUAUUAAUAUAUAUUGG